AUGACAUAGGUACGAACUUAAAGCUUGAGUGAAUUUAUAACAAAUGAUUUAGAAAAGGCUUUUGCUAUUUUAAUUUUGAUGAUGAAUACAAUUUUGAUAUGUUGGCAAGCCUUAAAUUUCCAUAAACUUAUUAGAUUCUAUAUUAAAAUGAUGGAUCCUACUUUGUUAAAAAUAAAUAGUUUAUUGUUUAUUUUAUGCUUAUGUAAUAAUAUACUUAUUGAUAAGUCAGGAUUCAAGCCUACUCUUAUGCAGUUUUUGGGUGUUUUCUAAGGGAAAAUGGAUAAAAACUAUUUCAACCUUCUGUCUUUAGAACAUUACAAUCUUCUAGUUUUAUUUUUUAUGAUCUUGUUUUAGGAAUAAUAGGAGCUAAAUGGUUAAUACUUUAUCUAUAAAAGGAUUUCAAUAUUGCAGAAAUUUUUUAAUUAUUUUCAAAGUAUACCUAGCAUUGAAAUGAUUCUAAAUAUAUUCCUAUUUAGUUUUUGGUUUGCUAGUCAAAUAUUUUUAAUUGUAGCAGAAUCUUACCACAUUUAAACAUGGGAUGAAAAGAUUGACAAAAUGUAAAAUAAAUAUAAUGGUUAGCUAUUCAAUUAUCUAUUUUAUUUUCUCAUUAAUGACUUUGAUUAUAUUUGUAUUAGGAUGUUCAUAGUUUAGAAAGCAUGUUAAACUUAUUAAUAAUAUAAAAGAAAAAUAUAAAAAAUACGUAAAGUUUAAAAAUAAUUUUAGCUUGAUUAUUCAAUAAUUUUGUUAUUAAUAGGGUAGGUAUUGAGAUUAUUAUUUUCUUUAUUAAGAAUUUGUUAUGCAAGCUUUUUGAUUGAGUUUAAAUAUGGAUUUAAUAAAGAAAGUAAGGAAGACACUAUAUCAUGGUAUUCAUUUAUUUAUAGAGAAAAAGGUCAUUAAUAUCAUUUACAUUAUAUCUUUUAAGCGAUUAUAUACCUACUGCAAUACUUUUGUUGAUAUUUUAUCCAAAUAAAUAAAGAUUAAAACAAAGUCUUGCAGUAGAAUCUGCAGUGGAAAUAGAAUGA